AUUUCCUUCCUUGGGACUUGGGAGUUGUUAUGAGUACUCUUCUUCACUUUUCAUUCUCAGAAUCAACCGGGACGAGUCGUAUGUUGGUUGGCUUAGCUUGCUGAUACUCCUCUAUUCAUAAAACCUAACUUCUUUAAAUUUCUUCAGGAAAAUUCAAGUGGAAUCAUGGAGUUGGAAACAAGAAGAAACCCACAAUUUUGAACAGCAACAAUGUGGGUGUGGGAGAGGAUAAGAUAAGUAAUUUACCUGAUGCACUUAUUCAUCACAUUCUUUCUUUCCUUCCAACCAAAUGUGGCAUGUCUACCUGCGUUUUAUCCAAAAGAUGGAAGUGUGUAUCCAACUCUAUACCCACUCUUGAUUUUCGUGGGUGUGAGGCUGGCAAUCGUACUGUUAAAGAAAAACGUUUGAAAACCCAACAAUUUAUGGAUUUUUUGGAUACAGUGUUAUGUCUUCAUGAGAAACCCAAUAUUCAGAAAUUCUAUCUCUCUUGGGAUGAAUUUUUUAAUCCUUCCCGAGUAAAUAAAUGGAUCAGCAUUGUUAUAAAGCGUAAAGUUGAAGAACUUUUUCUUUCAGUGCCCUCAGAAACAUACUACUUCAUAUUUCCCCUAUCGUUAUUUACAUGUGAUUCGUUGGCCGUGUUGGAGUUGGACUUAGACGGAUUAAGACUCAAUGUUCCAACCACGAUUUCUUUUCCAAGACUCAAGUUACUUCGGCUAAGACGUAUGAAAUUCGUGAAUGGGAUCUCGAUUGAAAAACUAGUUUCUAAGUGUCCCAUUCUUGAAGAAUUAAGUUUGAGAGACUGUCGGGGUUUGGAGUCGGAAGUUUUAUGCAUUGCAAAUCUUGCACUGAAGAACUUGUACAUUAGUCACUGGCAUUUUAGAGAAUCUACAUUGAAGAUUUGUUCACCCAAUCUGUCGACCAUCAGUUAUGGAUAUCUGGCACCAGCAGACUUUGUAAUUGACAACUUUUCAUCACUAGUUGAGGCAGAUAUUGACAUAACAUUCUUCAAGAAUGACGGCAGUGAAAAAUUUAUCUUAAUUGAGCUUCUUAAGAAACUUGCUAGUGUAAAGCUUCUUAAAAUAUUUGAUUGGAAAAUUUCUUGUUUGGUCCUAAGCCCAUAAGAUUAUUUAUAGCAGGGUCCAGCUAGAUUUUACUCUUAUUCUAAGGUCCAAAGUUAUUUGAAAA